CGGGCCUCGGGGCAAGGAGAGGUUAGAUGAGGAGGGACCGCACUGCCGUGUACCAAAGGCGAUCGUAGCAUAAACUCCUCUAAACACUACAGACACUCGGCUCGAGUUAUCUAAACUUUUUAGACACAUGAUGCAGACCUCCGGUAGAAAACGACGUCGGUUUCUUAUUUUCAUCGAGUUUAUUUCGUUGUUGUGUUUUUUCAACGACUAUGCUGAAUCGGCGGCUGUCUCCGGAAUCGUAGAUCGACCAUGUGCCGAGUGCGCAGGAAUCAAAGGAGAAGGGGGUGCCCGUGGCCCCCCAGGAUAUCAAGGAAUGCAAGGUCCUCCUGGUGAAAACGGCCCCGAUGGACCUCCCGGAUACAAAGGUGUUCGAGGUGAUCGCGGAGAAUUUGGAAUUAUGGGUGAUAAAGGUGAAAGAGGUGAUCAAGGGCCACGCGGUUUCCCCGGAUCUCAAGGAGCACCCGGAUUUGCCGGAUUGAAAGGAUUUCCUGGACUAAAAGGCUUGGACGGAUGUCCUGGAACGAAUGGAACCAAAGGAGAAGUUGGAGAUGUAGGACCAAUGGGUCCGCAAGGAUUACCCGGUGCAGAUGGGGAUCGAGGACCAAGAGGAGAUCCUGGAGAAGGUGGUUCCAACAGUUUAUUUGUUAAAGGAGAUCGCGGAGAUUCUGGAAAUUAUGGACAACCGGGGUUACCUGGACCACCUGGAGCUGUUGGGUUGCCAGGAAUUCAAGGGCCACCCGGAGAUGAGGGUCGCCCAGGUCAACCAGGACCCCGAGGUGAACCUGGAGAUAGAGGUCCUCCAACCAAAGGUGUGAAAGGAUCACCGGGAGAGUAUGGUGAUGUCGGUGAACCUGGUGAUAUAAUUUACGGUGGUGCACAAACUCAAGGACCUACACUUACUGACACCAAAGGGGAAAGAGGAGAUCAAGGAGAAACAGGAGAACCAGGCAGACCUGGGGUUAAAGGUUUUCCUGGAGAUAAUGGACCUAAGGGUCAACGAGGAUACAAAGGAUUAAAAGGUCUACCUGGCGAAACUGGAAUGCAAGGACCUGUAGGUAAAGAAGGCCGAGUUGGCGCAGAAGGGCCACCAGGAAUGAAAGGAAUUAAAGGAGCGCCUGGUAAUUUCGGAAAAAAUGGACCCGACGGUCAAAAAGGAGCACCGGGUGAACCAGGAUUUCAGGGUAGGCCAGGAGCUCAAGGACCAGUCGGUCUGCCUGGAAAAUAUGAUCCAAGAUUAGAUACUGGACGCUUGCCUGGGCCAGUAGGACCUCAAGGACCAUUUGGUUUCACCGGUGGGCAAGGAGAACCUGGUAAGGAUGGUGAGCCAGGUUUACAAGGCUUCAUAGGACAAACUGGAGAACCAGGUCCACCAGGGCAGCCAGGAAGACCAGGACCAAAAGGAAGAUCGAUAAAAGGGGAUAGAGGAAUGAAUGGAUUAAAUGGACCUCCUGGACGAGUUGGAUCACCAGGUCCACCAGGAGUCGAGGGACCUCCUGGAGAUAAAGGUAGACCAGGAGCAACUAUUAUUGGUCCACCAGGAUACAGUGGAUCACCAGGGUUUAAUGGAAGAAAAGGUGAACCAGGAGAUCGAGGAGAUCCUGGACCACAAGGAGUAAAAGGAGCAGCGGGAGAUGGUCGACGGGUUACAGGACCUCGAGGUCCUACUGGUUUACCCGGAUUUCCUGGUAUUUCUGGAGAUGAUGGAGCUCCCGGACUUCCUGGACUUUUUGGACUGAAAGGAGACAGAGGAGAUGAUUGCGGAUUUUGUCCACCAGGCUCACCCGGAAUAAGAGGAGAUUAUGGUGUAAGAGGACCCGAUGGAUAUUCUGGUCCACCUGGGCUACAGGGUUUACCUGGGCCUAGAGGCGAUAAGGGUGAAUCUGGUAAUCCAGGCAGACAGGGAGUAAAAGGUUUAAAGGGAAGUAAUGGACCUAUGGGUCCAGAAGGCGAACCAGGAUCCAAAGGUAAACCAGGAACGAUAAUAUACCCGGAUUCGCAGCGAACAAUAGGGGAGAAAGGAGAAAUAGGAGAACCUGGCUUCUUAGGCGAAACUGGACAACCUGGUCUUCAAGGUCCUCCAGGCCCGGAUGGAGAACCAGGUCCUGCAGGACCAAGAGGUGUAAAGGGUAUCAGAGGAGAAUAUGGAAUACCAGGUCGUGAUGGUACACCAGGAAUUCCGGGUACUCUAGGACAGAAGGGAGAAUCCGCAUUUAUCGACGCAAACUUCCUUCGAGGUGAUGAUGGUUCCCCAGGAUUUAAAGGAGUAAAAGGAGAACACGGAAUAAAAGGCGAACAAGGUCCACGUGGACCAGGAUUAGAUGUUUUGUUGUUCUUAAAGGGAGAUAAAGGAAUAAAAGGGGAACAGGGAGACGAAGGCGCCAUCGGUAGAAAAGGAUAUCCUGGCUUUCCUGGAAAUAAUGGCGAACCUGGAUCCCGAGGCCUCACUGGACCAACCGGAGAAGUAAUCCAAGGUGUACAAGGCUUACCAGGCAUCGCAGGAGAAACUGGCAGUGCUGGAGCUAAAGGAGCGCUCGGACAACCAGGUCCACAAGGACCGGCUGGAAUACCUGCACCACUGGCUGAUAAAGGAGACAGGGGUGAUCCAGGCAGAUAUAUUUUACAAGGAGAAAGAGGUACUCUCGGAACACCCGGAGAUAAAGGAGAGAUCGGAGAAGAAGGAGUUAAAGGCUAUCCAGGAUCUGCUGGGUUUGCUGGUAUACCGGGAUAUGUGGGCCAAAAGGGAGCACCUGGUCCGACAGGCGAACCUGGAACAUCGGGUAAAAAAGGUGAACCUGGUAUCACUCGUCAAGGUUUCCAAGGUGCUCCAGGUAGUCAAGGAGCGCCUGGACAAAAAGGAGAUAUUGGGGAACCAGGAGUAAAAGGUUUUCCUGGAGAACUUGGCUACAUCGGAUUCAAAGGAUCGAAAGGAGAACCUGGUGAAGUAGGUGUGCUUGGAAUCACAGGAGAUGACGGACUUCCUGGAGAAAAGGGUAAACGGGGAUUAGACGGAUACAUAGGAAUAGCCGGUGAACCAGGAGAAAAUGGACAAGUUGGAGAUGAAGGUUUGAAAGGACAAACCGGUAGGCCUGGACCAGGAGGACCUUUUGGAGUGAAAGGUGAACGUGGAGAAAUCGGAAUAUCCGGGCCUGUUGGACGAGAAGGUGCACCCGGGCCAAAGGGACCUACUGGUGAUAUAGGUGUGCUAGGAUUACCAGGACCUCCUGGAGAAUCUUCGUUCAGUGGACCCCAAGGGGAUACUGGAGAACCAGGACGUAUUGGAUCUCAAGGCGCAGUUGGAGAACCUGGUAUUGAUGGAUUCCCAGGCUUACCCGGUGAUAAUGGAACAUCAUAUGAAGGAUCUCGUGGAGUUAAAGGAAUGAAGGGAGAACCGGGCAGAGAUGGUUUCGACGGAAUACCUGGACAACGUGGACCCAUGGGAGAUUUAGGAUCAGUGGGUCCUAAGGGAGAACAAGGUGAUGAAGGUCUGAAAGGAUAUGUGGGAUUACCAGGCCGCACUGGAAAACCUUGCCGCGCAUGUACACCCGGUCCUCAAGGAAAUAUUGGUCCUUCUGGAUCUAAAGGCAAAAUAGGCGAGUUGGGUGAUCCUGGAGAAAUGGGUGCACCGGGUCUACCUGGAGAUCAAGGAUUCCGUGGUAUUAUGGGACCUCCUGGUGUGCCAGGAGCUAAAGGACCACGCGGUGAUAUUGGACCUACAAUAUACCCUCUAACAGUGAAAGGUGAUCUAGGAGAUAAAGGAAUUGCUGGUUUCAAGGGUCAACCUGGACCCCAAGGUGCUGAAGGUUUUCGUGGACCUCGUGGGUUCAAGGGUGAAAGAGGAGAUACUGGACCCCAAGGGCCGCUUGGACUACAAGGAGCUGCUGGAAUUGAUGGACUCGUAGGUGAACAAGGUCCUCCAGGAUUACGAGGCCCUCCUGGAGAAAACGCAGAACAUGGUGAACAAGGCGAUGCAGCUCUCGAUGGAUUUCCAGGUGCCCAAGGCCUUGUUGGCCAAAAAGGAGCUCCUGGUGAUUACGGACCAAAUGGAGCUCCUGGACUUAGGGGUCCUCCCGGCAUAGAAACUAAAGGCAUCAAAGGAGAAACCGGACCUAGAGGUCCAUCAAUACCUGGACGACCGGGUUUACCCGGAACGCCUGGCUUUGAUGGAAACCCAGGCAGAUCUGGUUUAAAAGGAGAUGAGGGAGAGCCUGGAAUCUCUAGAUUCGCUGCUAAAGGUCAACCAGGAGACAGGGGAGCGGUCGGAUUACCUGGUGUGAAAGGAAAUAAAGGACCUAUCGGAGAUACUGGUUUCCCAGGAUUCUCUGGAUUGAUAGGAAGAAAAGGCGAACAAGGUGAUACUGGUAGAGCAGGUUUCACUGGUAUUCAAGGAUCGCCUGGAUUAAAAGGAGUAAAGGGUAUGCAAGGAGAAAUGGGCUCUUUCAAUUUAUCUCUUCAUCGAGGAAUACCUGGACAAAAAGGAUUACCCGGUGACCGAGGAAUUUAUGGACCUGAGGGUGAACCUGGUUUCCCAGGCUUUAGAGGAACGAAAGGUGCGAAAGGUAAUGCAGGACUUCCAGGACUUGAUGGUUCGUACGGACCUGAAGGAUUUAAGGGAGAUGUUGGUGCUCCGGGGUAUUCUGGAAUUCGAGGACCGCAAGGAAUAAGUGGACCGCCUGGAAGACGAGGAGAUCCAGCACCACCUGCGAGACCGGUACCACAUCGAGGAUUUUUCUUCACGCAUCAUUCUCAAAGUGAACUCGUACCCGGAUGUCCCGCCAAUACCAGGGAAUUAUGGUCUGGAUACUCUUUGUUGCAUUUCAUGGGCAAUGCUAAAGCUCACGGACAAGAUCUUGGAGCCCCAGGAAGUUGUCUGAUGAAAUUCUCAACGAUGCCUUUCGUAUUCUGCAACUUGAACAACGUUUGUGAUUACGCCACCAGAAACGAUUACAGUUAUUGGUUAAGCACACCUGAGCCUAUGCCCAUGAUGAUGACCAGCAUUCAAGCGAGCGAUGUCAAGAAAUAUAUAUCUAGAUGUUCGGUUUGCGAAGCCGAAACCAGAGCUAUCGCUGUACACAGUCAAACAUCGUCGAUUCCAGAUUGUCCAGGAGGUUGGGAAGAAUUAUGGUCCGGUUUUAGUUUCCUUAUGCACACCGAUGCCGGAGCUGAAGGAGGUGGACAAUCGCUGGUCAGUCCCGGAUCCUGUCUCAAGGAAUUCCGCACAGCUCCAUUUAUCGAAUGUCAUGGUAAAGGCACUUGUAACUACUUCUCAUCAGCUUUCUCUUACUGGUUGGCUACCAUCAGAGAUCCAGAUCAGUUCAGAAAACCAAAAGAACAGGUUCUGAAAGGCAAUACCGGACAAACUAGAAUAAGUAGAUGUAGAGUAUGUCUUAGAAAGAAAGAACGUAAGGUUGUUUUACGACAGCCUAGUGGACGUUAUUACAGGUCCGGCCGUGGUUUCUAGAGUAGUAAUAAAAUCAAAUUUUUGCUAGUCAUUUUGUAAAUACGUUCAUAUAUCUCUUUGUUAAUAAUUUACAUAUUUUUAAAAGUUUAAAAUGAUAAUGUAUUGUACACGUGUAAUUUAUGUGAUGAUUUUACGAAUUAAUUAAAUUUUAGAGAGAGAGAGAGAAAACUUAUGUCAAAUUGAAGUGUCAAUGUUUUUGACACUUUGUUAUUACCAGAAAAUAAUCUUUUGUUUAAAAAACACAAUACCUGUGUAUUUUCAAAAUCAUUUUUGUGAUAACUUUUAUGUACUUAAUUCCAAUAUUUUUUACUGCCCAUAAAUUAAGUUUGUAAUAUACCUACUGUUGAUAUGUUGUA